UGCAUAUAUCUUGUCUUUCAUUAUGACGCUUCGUCAUGUCUUUGACUUGGCGCAUAGAAACAAGUACUAUCCUGGAUGUCUACGUCUGUGAAGAUCUUCCUAUAUCCCCUUUUCUUUGCGAAUGCUUGCACCUUUCUGGGUUUUGAUCUUCCGAAGGAUGGUUUGUUCGCUAGUAUUAUGUCUUUUCGCUACCAACCUUGUAAAAAGAAGUCAAAGAGCACACCCCUCGCGUUGGCAGCACGGGCAAGGGGCAACAAAAAGCAGCGCCACCCACACGCCAGGUGUUCUUGUCACACGCAGCGAGCAGAACAAACGAGUAGCGAGCGAAAGAAAUAUAGAACAUCAAAAAGACGACAAGAAAACCAUCAUCCCUUCCUUAUCGCUCGCUAUCGAAGCAAAAGUAUGGCAAAAAAGAAUGUGGACGCUGUGGGAAUUGAACCCACGACCUUUCACAAGUACGCAGAAGAAUGCGAAGCGAAAAUCAUACCCCUAGACUUCGGGAUGUUAGUUGGGUUGUAGAGGUUGGUGGAGUUGUGGCAGCUUACCCAAGCGCCCGUAUUAGGUAAUC